AUGCAAUGGACUGAGAGAGCCUUUCUAGGCCGAUACGAGAGGCUCUCGGACCUACAGAAGGCCUUCCCACAACCCUGCCAGACUUUCACCGAUGGUGAUAAGCAAUUCCUUCCCCGACUCCUCGAUCACAACUCGGGCGAUGACGAUGGAUCCAGUGAUGACAGUGACUCAAGCGAUGAUGACCUACAGCAGGCUCUGCGAGACCAGCAAGACAUCACUCGUUUGCGCAAUGCUGCCAAAGCAAGGCCACUGCAGCCUGGAAACUUCAGUGCCUUUCUGGGAAGUCAGUCUCACAGAGAGAACUCGCCACUCUGGUGCCCACUGCCGGUGUCGUCGAAAGUCCGCAACAACAACACGGCGCAGAAGAGGUUGACAACGGACGACAUGACGCGCAAGGCCGGCAAGGAGCCGGGACACAGCAUGGCACAAGUCAACAGAACCCCGAAGAGUGGGACGAGGAGUACGCUAUGA